AUGAAACACAAGUAUACCGAUGACAAGAACCCCGCCGAGGCCAUGUUCACGCAACCCUUUGGCAUUUCAUGGCGCAAGGCCCUCGUCUCCCUCCCCCGCCUCGUCCCGGACUUUGUCCUCAACUUCACCGCUUCCGAGGGUCCGCAACCCAUCGUCUUCGAGAUCCCCUCGCGCGGCAAGCAUCUGAUCCCGGUCUACGUCUGGGUCCCGCCCCUGCGCAAGCACCGCCAUCACCAUAUCUUCCACUCUCAGAAGAACGCGGCCGGUGCGCACCUCAAGGACGCUCUUCGACCCAUCGGCAUCGACGACGACCACGAUGCGAAGUUGCCGGUUCUGAUCGAUUUCCACGGCGGCAGCUUCAUCCUCGGAUCAUGUCAAGAGCAAGCACCCUUCUGUGCCAGGAUGUGUCGUGAGCUGAAUUGCGUCGUCAUCUCGGUGGACUAUCGUCUCGGUCCGUAUGCGCAAUUCCCUGCAGCCAAUCUCGACGCCGAAGAUGUUGUGCUUGCAGUGAUUGACCCAAGCAGCAGAGCGUUCAAGCCGCUGAGGGAAGGAAUACUGUGGGAGAUGCUGAAACAAGGACGAAAACCUAUCGAACUAGACGAGCAGAAGAUCGCCUUUUCAGGAUUCAGCUCCGGAGGAAAUAUCGCCCUGAAUCUCGCUCUCAGUAUCAAGGACGACCCAACGGCAGAGACAGACUGGGUGAGCCCACUGCCCUGGGACUGGCCGAAUGACAUUCCCGUUCUCUUGUUCUACCCGAGCCUGGACGCCCGGCUUUUACCACACGAGAGGCCAAGGCCCGAAGGACUUAAUCCCCCUUCGGGAUUUGUCGAACGAUGGAAGAUCGAGAAGGAAUUGAUGCCGACCUAUCUACCCCCCGAGAAGAGGGGCCAUCCACGAGCAAGUCCCGGGCUCGCGGACAUCCGGGCGCGGGACGGCGAGAACUUCGGCCUCCACCCGAAAGCCAGGAUGCUACUCGUGCUGCCCCAGUUCGACUCGCUGAACGAGCAGAGCAUGACCUGGAUCCAGAAGGUGCGCGACGAGGGCCGCGGCGACGACCUGAUCGUCGAGGAGGUCAAGGGCGUCGUGCACGGGUGGACGCAGUUCCCGGACUCGUGGAUCAGCGACCUGGAGCGGAAGCUGAAACUCAACGCCUUUCGCAGGGCAAGGGAGUUCCUCGAGGACCACUGGCAUCUGGAUACCAGGCUUGCUGUUGAGACGGAGGUUAUCAGUCAUGACAAGGACGGGGUUAGACAGAGUAGCACGAGUAUAGAUACUGCAGCCGCAGGGUCACAGAACUUAGGAGAAGCAUGA